AUGUUCCCGCUAAUCAAAGCCAAACAGUCGCGUGUGUUGAUGGUGGGUGCCGGAGGGAUUGGGUGCGAGUUGCUAAAGAACCUUGUCCUCACUGGCUUUGAAGAAGUCCAUAUUGUCGACCUUGACACGAUCGACCUGAGCAAUCUCAACCGCCAAUUCCUGUUCCGACACGAGCACAUCAAAAAGUCAAAAGCAUUGGUCGCAAAGGAAGCCGCACAAAGAUUCAACCCAGCCGUUAAGCUCGUCGCGCACCAUGCGAACAUCAAAGACCCCCAGUUCAGCAUCGAGUGGUUCAGCGGGUUCAAGAUAGUCUUCAAUGCGCUGGACAACCUGGAUGCCAGGCGCCAUGUCAACAAGAUGUGUCUGGCGGCCGACGUGCCGCUGAUUGAGAGUGGGACUACGGGCUUCAACGGCCAGGUGCAGGUGAUCAAGAAAGGUGUCACAGCAUGCUACGACUGCGCGCCCAAAGAAACGCCCAAAACAUUCCCUGUCUGCACUAUCCGCAGCACGCCGAGUCAGCCGAUCCACUGCAUUGUCUGGGGCAAGAGCUAUCUGCUCAACGAAAUCUUCGGAAUGAGCGAGGACGAGUCCGCUUUCGACCACUCGACAGAUGCCGACAAUGCGAAGGAAAUUGAGGAGCUCAAGAGGGAAUCCGAAGCACUGAGAAAGAUUCGACAGUCAGUCGGUACCCCCGAGUUCCACGAGAUGCUGUUCAACAAGGUGUUCAACACGGAUAUUGUGCGUCUGCGGUCUAUGGAGGACAUGUGGAAGACGAGAAAGCCACCCGAGCCCCUAGAAUACAGGACGUUGCUUCAGAAAGCUGCCAAACCGCUCGCGGCAAAAGAAGCAGUGUUACAGGAUGGGCAGAAAGUAUGGUCGCUGGAGGAGAAUCUGGUCGUGUUCAACGACAGCCUGGACCGGUUGAGCAAGCGCGUUCUUGAUAUGAAGGCCGCGCAGAACGGCUCCGGGGAAGAGGCUAUUAUCACCUUCGACAAGGACGAUGAAGAUACACUAGACUUCGUUGCCGCGAGCGCGAACAUCAGGUCAACUAUAUUCGGCAUUGACCGAAAAUCCAAAUUCGACAUUAAGCAGAUGGCUGGCAACAUCAUCCCCGCCAUUGCGACAACGAAUGCAAUCGUGGCCGGUCUCUGCGUUCUCGAAUCCUUCAAGGUCCUCAGGGGCGAGUACGACCAGGCCAGGGAGGUAUUCCUGACGCCCUUCUCAACCGCCAGGCUUCUGGCGUCCGACAAGUCCAGGGAGCCCAAUCCGGAUUGUCCGGUGUGCGGCGUCUUCCAGACCCGUGUGUACGUCGACCUGUCGCGGGCGACGCUGAACGACCUUGUUGAGGACUUUUUGAAGCUGCAACUGGGCUACGGAGAAAAGGAAAUCUCCGUCAGCAACGAGGUCGGCAUACUAUACGACCCAGAUGAGACUGACAACUUGUCUAAGAAGCUGAGCGACCUUGGCAUCAAGCCGGAUUCGUUCUUGACGAUCACCGACGAGGAUGACGAAGAUCCGUACGUCAACGUGGUGAUUGCCAUCCAGGAAGCCAAGGAACCGCUCGCCGACAAGCCCAUCAAGGGCGCCUUGUCGGAGGGAGUGAAAAUCCCGAUCAAGCCGAAGAAGACGCCGGCACCCGAGACCAACGGUCAAAGCAGCCGCGCGCCCAAGCACGGCAUCGACUCCGAGGCUGCAAAACCAGCCGACGCCACACCCGCCAAGCGCCCGCACCCCGAAAGCAUCGACGACAGCUUGUCUGCCAAGAAAGCCAGAAUCGCUGCAGCGCCGAAGGCGGAUGACGAAGUCAUUCUUGUGGAGAGCGAAGCGGGAGGUGCCAUUGUCAUUGACGAUGACUGA